UUUUAAUUUAAGAGUACUUAUUAAUUAAUUUGUUAAGUAUAGUCAAUUUUCAAAAAUCUUUAAAUAUCUACGUUAGAAUAAAACUAAAUUGCUAUUUAUACACAAUAAGAUUAAAAUAUAUUAUUUUAAAGACAGAAAAUAUAAUGGACGCAAGCAACUUUUUUAAUAUAAACUAAAUACAAAGGAGUAAGUACUCUUUUUUGGGAGAAAAUGAGAAGCUUUUGAUAAAACCUUAUUUUGAUGAGAAAGAUAAUCAGUCUUUGAGUAUUUUACUUGAUCCUGCUUUUAAAAAAGACAUAGAAUAACAGAUAAGAAUAAAAUCUUGCAUAACCUCUUAAGUUAUAUUUUAUAUUCAGGUGUAUCUUGAUCUAGUCUAUUAAAAAUUAGAAGAAAACAAAUCUAAAACUAUGAAUGAGUUUUUGUCAGAUUUUAAAAUUGGAAUUAUUGGAUGUGGAGUUAUAGGCAAGUCUGUGUUAAACGCUUUGGUGUUUUUAUUAGGUUGGGUUGAACCUAAUAACAUUCAUAUUUCUACUAGAAGGCCUGAAAAUCUAAGUAAAUAUGAAGAUAUCGGUUUCAAUAUAUAUUUUGAUAAUGAAAAAUUAAUUGAACAGUGUGAUGUUGUUAUCAUUUGCUUUCCUCCAAGCUUAGAUAACUGGGCUAUUGUAGAACUAAAAGAAGCUAUUUUAUAGAGACAACAAAACUAAAAUAAAAUGUUUUAGCCUUUCAUUAUUUCUGUUAUCUCAAACAUGUACUUAAAUAAGUUAUAAAAAUUAUUAAUGAUAGAAAGAAUCUUUGCAAGAACUCAUAUUGCGCUUAAGGAUUAGCUUGAUACUGAGCUUAAAUUUGGUAUGCAGCUGUUCCAAGAUAAACAGCUUAUUUAGCAAAUACUUAUAGCUUUUUAAUUUAUUUUCUAAGGAACUAAAAUUAAAGAAGAAGAAGAGUUUUAAUUAUCUGAUAUUUAAAAUAAUAUUUAAUAGGCCUUUUUAGGUAAGGUAUUCAAAUCAUUAGAUGAUAAUGAUCUUGCUGAUAUUGCUGCUACAUAGUACGAGAAAAGAAAUUCAGUUUUCAAGAAUACAUUGUUAGAUAUAAUUAAAUAAAACUAAGCUUGAAAAAUAAAUAAUAAAUUUCAUAUUUUAAAAUAAAAGUUAAAUAUUUAAUAGAAUAAUUUU